AUGCCAAAGGCCGCCUUCGUGUUUCCCGCCGCGAGCGGCCACACCAACCCGUCCCUCCCACUCGCCCGCGCGCUCGUCGAGCGCGGCUGGGACGUAGACUACUUGCAUUCGCCGCAGUUCCAGGAGGCGAUAGAGGACACGGGAGCGACAUUUGUCGACCGCGACCUGGCCUUCAAGGAGAGUGCAGCACCCAGUGGUGGCUCAGAGCUCGGCAUCGACGACUACACCGCAAUGGUCAAGGCGACGCUCACCGAGUACGGCGCCUCGGCUCCCUGGGCGCUCAACUUUGGAAGCAUCGCCGCGCAGCGGCUCCUGCCGGCGUACGUCCGCUGGCUGCAAUCUCGCGGUCCAGACCUCGUCGUCUACUGCCCAGUCGCUCACUUUGCCAGCGUCAAGCUUGCCAUCCCCGACGUCUCUCUCCUGACGGCCGCCGGGCCGGGAUUCUUCGACGCCGCCAUUGCCUCGACGCCAGGAGCGCCAUCCUCGGAUGCGCUGAUCGCUGCUAUUAAGGGGAGUGAGCCCAACCUCAAGGCAGUGGAGGCGCUCAAGGCGGAGAUGGGGAUGCCAGAGCUCACGCUGAACACCGAGACUGGCCUGCCGCUCAUCUGCGACUACUAUGCGGCGACGAAUCUCGUCACGACAACGCCCGAGCUGGCCGACCCGGUGAGCAAACGCGACGAGGAGUACUACAGCAAGGUUGGAAAGAAGUUUGUGUACGUGGGCCCCCUGCUGGACGUUGCCGGUGCAAAGCGGGCCGGCGGGAUGCUUCACGCAGGCGGCUCGGAGGCCGACUCCUCCCCACCCGACACGGAGGCUCUGAUGGCGCGCGCUACGACCGCCGCGCGCAUGAUCGUCUACGUGUCCCUGGGCACUGUCGUCACCUCGGACGAUGAGAGCCACGGAUGGACCGCAACGAGCGGCAGCGCCAUCACCGGACGGCAGCUCUGCCAGGCGAGCUGCAGCGCGGCAAGAGAGGCGCCGUUUCGCCCACAGCCGGCUGCCUUUGAGGGCAUCGACGUACCCAGCAACUCGCUCAGCGCCAGCUCGUGGCCGCAGGUUGACUUGCUGCGCAAGGCUCGCCCGGUGCUCUUUGUCACGAACGGCGGGCAAAACUCGCUCAUGGAGAGCGCGGCUGUCGGCACGCCAGUGGUGGUCUGCCCUGGCUUUGGCGAUCAGGUGACCAACGCGGCCAAGGUGGUGGCGCAAGGAUGGGGCGUCGCUGUGGACCGGCCGGCGGCACUGGCGGACGGCGCAGAGGCCGAAGAGGAGGCUGCGGUCGUGUCGAGCUACCAAGCCGCCGUCAGGCGGGCGGUGGAGGAGGUGCUGGGUGGCGACGAGUACGCCUCAAAGGCCAAGGCCGUUGCGGCUGGGCUGGAGCGGGCGGGGGGAGUGGAGGCGGCCGUGCGCGUCUUGCUAGAGGUUGCAAACGUGUAG